AUUCGGGGCGGAGGUUGCAGUUGCACUUGCACGGUCUGAUGCGAUAGAUAGACAGACAGACAGACAGACAGACAGACCCUCGCGACGACUCUGCUCUGUUUAAUUUGCGUGGCCGACGUUGAUGUGCUUCGAGCUGGCGGACCAGCGCGGACCGCAGGGCGGCGGCGGAGCGGGGUGGCCGGCGAAGCGGCGCGCGGGAGGCGUGCAGGACGAGGGCGCGGCCGCGGCCGCGGGGAUGGCAAUGGCGGCCGCCGGCCCCGGGGAGGUGAUGUCCGAGUACUACCAGGCGCAGGAGCUGUCGACGAUGGUGUCGGCGCUGACCCACGUCGUGGCCGGCGCGCCGAUGGGGAGCGCCCCUGCGCAGCGGCCAAUGCACGGCGCCUCCGGCUACUACGCGCACGAGAUGGGGAGCUACCGCGGCGCGCCAUCGCCGGAGCUCGCAGGGUCGGAGCUGAGUUCGGACACCCAGAGCGCGGGCGCGGCGGCCAUGGAGGAGCACCAGUCGGCAGCUGCGCUGUCCAGCCAGGAGGGUCCCGAGACGCCGCGGAGGCGCUACCGCGGGGUGCGCCAGCGGCCGUGGGGCAAGUGGGCCGCCGAGAUCCGGGACCCGCACAAGGCGGCGCGCGUCUGGCUCGGCACGUUCGAGACCGCCGAGGCCGCGGCGCGCGCCUACGACGAGGCCGCGCUCCGCUUCCGCGGCAGCCGCGCCAAGCUCAACUUCCCCGAGGACGCGCGCCUCUACCCGGCGUCCACGGCGGGCGCGGCGGCGCCUCUCGCCGCGGCGGCCUCGACCUCCCCACCUGUCUACUCCGGUGGCGUCCAGGGCUCGUCGGACUACCUGAGGUACCACCAGAUGCUUCUGCAAGCGUCCACGGGCAGCCAGGGCACCCUGCUCCCGUUCUAUGGCGGCGGCAUGAGCAAUCCCUACGGCGGCGGUGCCGCCAUGACCGGUUCCUACGGUGGAGCCGGCGGCGGCAACACGAGUGGUUCCUUGGGCUCCUACUACUCGUUCCCGGCCUCCUCUGUUUCUGUCGCCACCGUGCCGUCCUCUACUUCCUCUGCUUCGGGGUACUACUACUCGUCGCCGCACGACUCGCAACACAGCGAGGCGUCCGCGGCGGCGGACUGGAACUGGGAGAGCGCGCUGGCCUGGCCCGACUCGAGCCAGUACCCGCCGCCACCUCACACUCAGUAGCAGCAGCCAGUAGCGGUCUUCUUCUUUUCUCUGUAACAAUAAGUAAGGUGAGUACGGUUGCGCGGAGGGAGACGCGCGGCAACGCAAAGCAAAACAAAGCAGAUCAACAAGAGGAGGAUGCUUUCAUUUCUUUCGUGUUAUGAUGAUGACACCCGAGUGGUCUUUGUUUGUUGAUUUUUAGUUUUGGUCGACGAUGUGGCUGGCGGCUAUCCCCAUUGUUUCCAUUUAAUCUUGGCUGCGAAUUUAAGAGAUGAAAGCUCCACCCCGUUCUCCAA